GCCAAAAAGAAAACCAUGGAGGGAGAAAAUAAAACAACUGGACGAAAACCCAACCCAAACCCUCCAACUGGCAAAGCACCAGAAGAAAGAGGACGACGAUCGACGACGAGGAGGAGAGGGGAAAGCGUAGGGCUGUGAUCGGAGCGGGUCGCGUAACUUCUGGAAUUGGAUCAAGUAUCGGAUAAUGGAAAUUUGGAGGUAGAAGAGAAGAAACAUCUCUGUAGGAUUAGGAGUAGAAGAAUCGCGGGGGAGAGGAUAGGCCGGUAAGCGAGGUUUCCAAGCGCCAUCAUCUGUCUGUUUGUGACCGCGACAGGAAAGGAGGAAGACGCGAUUGAAACGUCGAUCAGAAAAGAUCCAUUUCCGUUCUAGGGUCAAUCCGUAACUUUCCAAUCCCUGUUGCGGAGCUCCAUUGGAAUCUCUCUUGCUUUCAUAGGAAUUUUAUGGACUAGGUUCCUGAGCUCAUCGGAAUUGCUACUCUUACUAACUCGUUCAGUCAUUCGAAUGGCGGAGAAAGCUUGCGUCAAGCGGCUUCAGAAGGAAUACAGGGCACUCUGCAAGGAACCAGUCUCCAACGUGGUUGCUCGUCCUUCCCCAAACAACAUUCUUGAAUGGCAUUAUGUAUUGGAGGGAAGUGAAGGAACUCCUUUUGCAGUUCAUCCAGAAAGUUGGAAUCCGAUGUGGUCUGUAUCAAGCAUACUUACAGGGCUGCUUUCUUUCAUGAUGGACAACAGCCCCACGACCGGCAGCGUUAAUAGUACCAUCGCUGAGAAGCAACGCCUGGCAGAGGCCUCUCUUGCUUCCAAUUGCAAGAAUGCGACAUUUAGGAAGUUAUUUCCCGAGUAUGUUGAGAAGUACAACCUACAGCAGCAGCAGCCUGAUGAGCAACCUGGUUCAGAUAUGGGACCUGAGAUUUCAGAAGAUGAGAACUCGAGGCCUAAGCCAGAAAAAGUGGACGGCCAUUUGGAAGAAGAGGGGAGAAGGAAUUUGCUCUUCGACCAGCUUGUGGGAGUGUAUUGGUUCUUUCUCCAUUCAUACUCCCUUCUGCAAUUCCCUUUAUAUAUUCCUUCUGCUCAGACUUCGUUGAAGAAUCAUCUGCCGCCUCUGACUCCGAGGGUCCGACUCCUUCCUCGUUGUCAGGCCUUUUCAAGCCCAUUCACUCUUGCUGCUGAUGAUGCAAGGCUGCUCUCGGUCUGGAAAUCUUUCCUCCCACCUCGGCCUCUAAGGGUGCACCACGCUUAUCAGCCACAUAAAUUUCUCAUCAAGGCAGUUGCGGCAACCCUCGAACCAAAGAGACUGGUCCCGAGCGAAGCAGGACAUGGGAAUCAAGCUCAACGUGAUGCACAUCUGAACUUCGCUUCAACUCCUUCCACGUCUUUCGAUGACUCCGACGAUGCAGAAGUGGACGAGAGAGAGAGGCUGAGACGAAUGAGGAUCUCUAAAGCAAAUAAAGGCAAUGUACCUUGGAACAAGGGCAGGAAGCACAGUCCAGAAACCCUUCAACGCAUCAGGGAGAGAACAAAGCUUGCCAUGCAGAAUCCUAAGAUCAAAAUGAAGCUUGCAAGCCUUGGGCAUGCUCAGAGCCAAGAGACAAGAGUGAAAAUUGGACAAGGAGUGCGAAUGGGAUGGGAAAAGCGUCGCGACAAGCUGAUGGUGCAGGAAACUUGUUAUUUUGAAUGGCAGAACUUGAUUGCAGCAGCUUCAAGGAUGGGAUGUGUUGAUGAAGAAGAGCUGCAAUGGGAUUCUUACAGUAUCUUGAGUAAACAGCUUGAAGUUGAAUGGGUGGAGAGCGUUGAGAAGCGAAGAGCAACUCCUAGGACAAAAGGCAACAAGAGGGCACCAAAAUCCCUUGAGCAAAGAAGAAAGAUUGCAGAAGCCAUUGCUGCCAAAUGGGCUGAUCCUUCAUAUCGAGACCGAGUUCGCUCCGGCCUGGCUAAAUAUCAUGGUAUUCCGGCAGGAACCGAGAGAAAGCCAAGGCGAAAGCCAGUUGGCAGCAGACCAUCCACCAAGAGGGAUAGUGCGAAAAAGAAAGCCAGUGAAACAAGCGAUUCUUCUGGAAGUGAUACCACAAGCUCUACACAGGUCACAAGACUGCGAAACACUACAACACCAUCCUACAAGGAUCCUUUGGCCAGGUCCAAGUUGCAGAUGAUAAUGAAUAUCAGAGCAAAAAGAGCUGCCGUGGAAACUAAAAAAACUGAAGCGGUUGAAAGAGCAAGGUUAUUAAUUGCUGAAGCUGAGAAGGCUGCUAAGGUUCUCGAGGUUGCUGCAGCAGAAAGCCCGAUUGCACGAGCUUCUCUGAUAGAGACCAGAAAGCUUAUAGCAGAAGCAAUUCAGUCAAUUGAGUCUGUUGAUCGAGGGGAUGUUGAUCUUGCAACAACUGAACUGAGCGAUGAGGAGAAGGAAAUUGAUGCUGCUGGUCGGUUGUCAAGCUCUACCAAAGCAGAAUCCAGACCACCAGUUAUGGUAAAUGGGGGAAUCAAAACCGCCGCAACAUGUGCUGAAGAUGAAAAACUGAUCAAGUUGAGUGAAUUGGAGUUCCCUGGUAAGCGUUGCAGCCCGCAUCAGGGAUUCGAUUUGACGAGCCUUGUGGAGAAACCAGAGCACCACUGCCAGGGUGACCUGAACGGGAAUCUCAAAUCUGGAAACAAUGUCCAGCCAAAUGGUUCGAAAGUCGAGCUGCAUAAGACUGAGGACGUGGGGGUAACAAAGAGAUGGGUUCGCGGAAGACUUGUUGAAAUGGUAACAGGAGGUCGGAUGUAGUAGUAGUAGUAGUGGUGGAAGAGUUCAUCAUCAUCAUCGUCAUAAUCUAUAUCGUUGGCUAUAAUAAUUUUGAUCUGGUUGGUGGUGACAUGCAUCGUAGGAGUCAUAGACACGAAAUUCUGCCGUUAGCUGGAGCACUUUGUGUUUCUUCUUUCCCUUUUUGCCUUGUGCCAAACAUUUGCACACUUUGAUGGCAGUUUGGUGUAUAUUAUUAUUAACUUAUAUUAUUAGUAGCUGCACUGACGCUGGGAAGUAGAACACCGGUGCUGCAGUUUAAUGUAAGUGGGUUAUGCGUCGCUUCAUCUAAAAGAAAAGGAGAAGUUUUUCUUUUCCUUUACUCUUUUACCGGCAAGUCGGAGGCGGGAAACUACCAACAGCUUGCUGGGUAAUCUUUGUUUUCAUAACCGA